AUGAAUUCGCUAAUACUAAUUUUAUUGCUUGCCAGUUCGACUGCCUGGGCACGUCCGAAAGUUAUCAAUUCAGGAGGUGAAAAUUUGCAAUCAAAAGUUGUGAAUAGAACAAAGCUUCAUGAUUUUUCAGCAUGCAAUCAUUCCACUUGCAUGAAAAGUCAAAAAGUUUUCCUAACGAAGAAGCAAUCGCCACUUCAAAUAAUAAAUGUCGCUGUAGAUCCACCACUAAAUAUUUUUAUUAGAAAUAGUGAUGGAGAUGCGUGUUUAACAGAUGAUCAUUGCUUCGCAGAAUUGGUGUGUUCAAAAUUAAAUGAAUCAAAAGAUGGCAUAUGCAUCACUCCACUGACAAAAAACGACACCAAAAAUGACACUGAUGGAAUUGAAAAACCAGAGAUCAAUUUUCCAGCUGAUAAUGAAAUGAAUUUAACUGAUAUUUCAACGGAGAUUCUACCGAAAAGUAUUUUGGCACAUAAGAAUGAGGAUGAUAUUAAGAACGAAAUAACAACCGAGUUUCUUUCUAAUUUUACGACAGAUAUUGGAAAAAUUAUAGUAUCGGAAGAAAACAGCACGACUGAUCUUCCAUCCUCUACAAGCGAAACAAAUAUCUUUGACGGAAUAGCAACCGAUACUUCGACCAGAAUAAUAGCGGAAAUCUCUUCUACGACAGAAAUCACCAUUCUUUCAUCUCUUGCCACAAAAAUUGUCUCUGAGGGCACAUUAUUAACAAUUCCUAUGAUAAAAAAUGAAACGGAGGACAAUACAUCAUCGACGAUGUCUUCUUCAUUUUCCACGACAGAAAUUACCACUGAAGACUUAUUAUCAACGUUUCCUUCAUUUCCCGUGAUAGAAAUUACCUCUGAAGACAAUACAACACAGAGGUUUCCGACAUUUCCCAUAAUAGAAAGUACCACUAAUGAUACAUCAUCAAUGUUUUCUUCAUUAUCCGUAACAGAAGUCAUCAAUAAUGAUACAAUGCCUACAGUGCCUCCACCAUCAAAUAUGACAGAAAUUACCUCUCAAGACGGAUUAUCGACUUUAUCCUCUGCGUCAGAAAAUGCUACCAAAGACGAAAUAACGGAAUUUUUUUCUCUCGUAACUACAAACGAAUCUGUGUUCACCGUUAUAGUUAAAAAUGACAGCAAUAUAAAUGAAACCAAAAAAGAAGUCUCUACAAUUUUUUCGACCAAUAUCCCUGAGUUAAGUACAACGAGUGACUCACCCAAAGAAAUUAUUUCUGAGAUCGAAAGCAGUUCAAAGAACCAUUCGAAGAUUGUCAACAUGGAAAGCUCGUAUCCAUCAGAUUCUUCAAAUGAUUCAUCAAUAACUGAUUUACAACACACAGUGGACGACUCAAGUGAUUUAACGUCAGAAACAGAAUAUUGGUGUGACAGUAGCUGGAAAUUUUUCCGAGGUCGAUGUUACACUCAACAUCCAUUUUGGAUUGGCCUUUCGAAUGAUGGUAACGAAUGGAAAUGGCCAGAUGGUACAAAAUUAAGAUAUCAAUUAUGGGGUGAUAAUGAACCGAACACAAUACAUUCGUGUGUAAUUGCGGGAACCGAAAUGAAUGGAAGAUAUUGGCAUACAAAUGACUGUAAUAAUGCUAGCCUUCACAGUGCUAGCAUUAUUGGCUAUAGUUCUAUGAUCAAAAUUGAACUAUGCUUUUAUGUUUUAUUUUUUUUACUGAUCAAUAAGCCAGCUUUGAUGACUAGAAAUUUCGCGGAACUAGAAGGCCAAUUAUAUCAGGAUCUUUUGUAUGAUUAUAAUAAAAUUCCGCGUCCAAUUAAAAAUAGCACUGAUGUUCUUACAGUAAAUCUUGGCGCAUCAUUAAUUCGAAUCAUUGAUGUGCAGUGGAAUGAUUCCAAAUUAAUUUGGAAUCCAUCGAAAUAUGGUGGCAUCACAAUGUUGUAUAUCCCCAGCGAUCGAAUUUGGAUUCCUGAUCUUCUAUUAUAUAACAAUGCAGCAGGUGAUCCGGAUGUAACGAUUUUUACGGAUGCUCUUGUCGCUUAUGAUGGACGUGUUCUGUGGCAGCCACCGGCUAUUUAUAAAUCAUUUUGUCCGAUCGAUGUAACUUGGUUUCCAUAUGACUCACAGCAAUGCGAGAUGAAAUUUGGUACUUGGUCUUAUACUGGUUAUUAUGUCGAUUUAAAACAACUUCCACAAGAUCAAGUAAUAAGUGGAAUAGACAAAUAUGGUCAAAAUGUUGAAACAAUGAAAAUAGGCAUGGAUCUCAGUUUCUUCUAUCAGUAA